AUGAAAGACAAUAUCUGGGCUCGUAUAGCGGCCGAACUGGGGAGAGAUGCAAAACAAGUCCAGAGCCAAUGGAAAAACCUCUGUGACACAUACAGGAAAAGCAAGAAGGAGAGGCAGGGGACCAGUGGGCAGGCAGCAGGGAAUAAAAAGCCCUGGAAGUAUAUGCAGUCCAUGUCCUUCAUUGACAGGACAACCAAGUUCAGAAGAGUUUCAAGCAAUAUCAGUGAUGAGGGCCAGACAGGCACUGAGGAGGAGGAAGAGGAGGAAGUUGACGUAGUGGAGAUGGAGGAGGAUGUAGGGGAGACCAACCCCAACCCCAAACGUCAGCGUAGGGCUACACCUGCCUCAGCUACACCUGCCACAUCCAUAGAGGACUACUUGCGUAGAAAAGAGGAGAGGCAGCAGCAGAGGGAGGAAGAGAGGGAUGACACCUGUCUUUUUCUCCUCAGCUUGGCUCCGUCUAUGCGAAGCCUGAGCGAAGAAAGCAAAUCUAAAGUGAGAAUUAAAUUCCAGCAGAUCCUGCAUGAGGAACAAUUUGGCCAGAGGGCCCAAAUGUACACACACCAACAUGCCCACCAUAGUGGCGACCCCGCCUUCAUGACCACAACGUACAUGAAUUUGUAAAUUUAUCUAUUUAUGUAUUUAUUUAUUUAUUAAACUGUUGUUAUAUUUAUUGAAUUCCAAUCUUGUCCGUAGACUAUAUUUAGUAAUACUUCUUUGUGUACUUGAUGUUCUCCACGAAUUGAUUGUAGAACUGUAGGCCUACACAGGGUG